CCGCGUUGCUCAACUGAACAGAGCAGUGUUACCCAAACCUGUAUUUCUCUGCCUCUCUUUGACUUGAGCAGUGCACGGAAACCACGCCAGCGAGAGCAACCUGAAGUUUAAGUGCCUACAGAAAGGAGCAAAUGCAGGCUUGUCUUUCAGAUUGCCUUCGUCUCAGUCACGUGGUUGAAACAGAAAUAAAUUAAAAUUUAUGCUCGGAGCUCUUUGAGGGAAAACCAAGGGAGCUUCUAACUUCCCUAGUGAAGCCAAAGGACUGAGAUCUCCAGAGUCAUUAAGGUUGGAAAAGACCUCCAAGAUCCACAGCCUAACCUCACCGUGCCCACUGACCGUGUCCCCCAAGUGCCACAUCUCCAUGGUUCCUGAACACUUCUGGAGACGGUGACCUCCCCACUCCCUGGGUAGCCUGUGCCAGUGCAUCACCACCCUUUGGGAGAAGACAUUUUUCCUCAUAUCCAACCUGACAGCUCUAACAGCUUCUGCACGUGCACUUUGGUUUUGUCUGAGGCUUUCUGCUAGCUUGCUUACAGCACUCGUUUCUUCAGCGUGGAGGACCCAAAUGAGCCCUGGAAGGAAACGUGACUUCUCCCCAGUGCUUUGGAGCCAGUACUUUGAAUCUAUGGAGGACGUUGUGGUGGAAAAUGACACUGGCAAGGAUACUUUUCGAAUUUACAAAAGCGGAUUGGAGGGACCUGUCUUGCUGCUGUUACAUGGUGGAGGCCAUUCUGCUCUUUCCUGGGCUGUGUUUACUUCUGCCAUCAUCAGCAGGAUUCAGUGCAGGAUUGUGGCCUUAGAUCUCCGAGGCCAUGGAGAAACAAAAGUGAGGAAUCCUGAAGAUUUGUCUGCGGAGACUAUGUCAAAAGAUGUUGGAAACGUGGUUGAAGCUCUGUAUGGAGACCUUCCUCCUCCUAUCAUGCUGAUUGGGCACAGCAUGGGUGGUGCCAUCGCAGUGCACACAGCAGUCGCCAACUUGGUGCCAAGUUUACUGGGUCUGUGCAUGAUAGAUGUCGUGGAAGGUACAGCCAUGGAUGCACUGAACAGCAUGCAGAACUUCUUAAGGAGUCGUCCCAAAACAUUCAAGUCACUUGAGAAUGCAAUUGAGUGGAGUGUAAAAAGUGGACAAAUAAGAAAUCUUGAAUCUGCCAGAGUUUCUAUGGUCGGUCAAGUCAAACAGUGUGAAGGAUCUGCCAGUCCUGAAGGUCCUAAAGCCAUCGUGGAGGGCAUUAUUGAAGAAGAGGAGGAGGAAGAGGAUGAUGAAGGCGGAGUCUCUGUCAACAAAAGGAAGAAGGAAGAUGACACUGAGACAAAGAAGGAGCACUUAUACACGUGGCGAAUUGAGCUGGCGAAAACAGAGAAGUACUGGGAUGGCUGGUUCAGGGGCUUAUCUAACCUCUUCCUAAGCUGUCCAACUCCAAAGCUUUUGCUUUUAGCUGGUGUUGACAGGCUGGAUAAAGAUCUAACAAUUGGACAGAUGCAAGGGAAGUUCCAGAUGCAAGUCCUUCCGCAGUGUGGCCAUGCGGUCCAUGAAGAUGCUCCAGACAAGGUUGCUGAAGCUGUUGCGACGUUCCUGAUCCGUCACAGGUUUACAGAGCCCAUCGGUGGAUUCCAGUGUGUGUUUCCUGCUUGUUAAUACCCUGCUAUCUCCAGCACUGAGUCGUAUUGUAAAUAAACUGCACCAGAGGCCACUGUGAUGUAUCCCAUAAUCUGUUCGUCUCUCCAGUCCAGCAGCAGUGAGAAGUUGGUGUGAGGUUCAUCAUCCCUUAGAACUAGUUCUCCAAGAAUGUGUCAGUGCUUCGGGACUUCCUCGCUGGGAAGCAGCUUGUGUUGAAGACCAUGAAAAGCUCUCCAGGCCCUCAGGAGUGGGCUCCUCUCUGCUGCCAUAAGCAGAGACCCCCCUGAAACCCCACGCAGUCAGUCUGUCACGUCGACCUCCAUCGGCUCUCGGGCUUUCUUGGACCCAGCUACACAAGGGUUAUCAGCAGUCCAGAGCCUGCAGCAUUUCCAAAGGCUUCGGGAUUUCUCCGCCGAAUCGUCUGAUCGUCUUUCAAGUGCCCCCCUUAGCUUUGCUUUUUUGUUUUCACCGGCUUCGUUGGAAGCUCAAGUUUCCUCAGCCUUCUGGAUUAAGCUGUGGCAGGAGACUGAUGCUGCUUUCUUGUCCAAAUUUGGACGAGGGGGGGGUAAAACAAAAAGGCAGGGGCGGGGAGCGGGAGCUCCGUUUCAGAAUCUUGCAUUUUUCUUCACUGGUUUGUUUCCAGUUCUCACUGGGAGAAAUAGCCCGAAUAACAGGCAGCUUGCCUAUUUGGCCCUUUUUCUGCCUCUGGAAUGUGUUUACGCUUCCCUCCGCGGAGCUGGCACACAUGACUGAGCAGAGAUCAGCAUCGGUGGGGUGAAAAAGAUGCGAGAAGUGCGAGCAGAUCAAUUCCUGGAAGAGCUUGGAGUCAAUCCUGCUAACGUUGCUGCAGAGCUGCAGGCAGCUGAUUCCCCAGGGCCGGAGGAAAAACCUUGUCUUCAGUGUCACUUCCUAGAUCAUUCCACGCUUACGUGGAGAAUCCUUCUUCGGGCUUAAUUACCCGGGGCCAAUUGGUCAGAUUGCUUUCCCCUCUCCUAAGAACCACCCCGGAGCGUAAGAGCAGGCACGUAUUGGAACGGUUUCAUCUCGAUGCGUUGCUGGGGGUUGUCUGAAAUCUUAUUUCGUUUGCCUUGUGUCCAGAACCCUUCCGUGCUGUGUGAUGGAGGCAGUGUUUAAUGCUGUUCUGUUACCGCCCUGAUCCUGGGAGCCGUGAUGGGCAGCGGUUCUCCAGAGCCAUCCUGAACUUCUGCCACGUUUGAGGGCAAAGGGAAGCGGUGUGAAGAGCUGGGAAACGUGGAGAUAACGCCCCGGAGAUCUGCUCCUCUCGUCUCAUUCCUUCACGUGUGAGUUGUGACCUUGUGCUGUGCCCCUUGCCCAACACAUCAGGGUGGGAGAUGCAUGAAUUAGAGGCGAGAAAGCCAAACUGCAGAACACUCUGCUCGUGGCCGGGCCAUUGGCACUCAAGUGUUGAAGGAGAAUUGCUGGCUCCUGACAUUCCUCUCUCUCUGUUCCUCGUUGCAUUGGUUUCCUGUGGCCGUGGUGUAACGUCCAGCCCCGGUGUAGUUCCUGCUGGAUUAAAUGGGCCUGCAGUAGCCGAGGUGCUACCUAUCCCUUUCUCCUGAUGCAUCCUGAAGGUUGGCAGAGUCCUCAGUCCUCCCCACGUUACUCCCAUUGGUAGAGACCAAACUAACAUGGUGUGUGCCCAGGGCCUCCAUGCAGGACAAAAUUGAGCACGUGUCUGCAGUCACGCUCAGGAAUGAUGAGUAACUCGGAGGGCCUGGCUCAUUUGUUGAGUUAAAUCAGAAGAAAUUCAGUUUCGUACUCCGUACAAGUGCCAGUUGGGCUCCCCGGGUUUGUGUUUUGUCGUUGACACGUGAGAAAUGAAUGAAAAAUAAAUCAUUUCAACGGGACAUCAUUUAAUGUGGCAUUGCUCCAUGCCAAGCUCUGGGUCUUGGCUGUCCCGGAACCUGGGUCCUGGUCAGGGCUGGCUUCGGGGAAGUCAGCAACAGGGACGAGAGCAAUAGCGGGUGGAGUGGGAAUCCCUUCCUGCUGUGCUGAAUUGCAAACAUUUUUGAGAGUCUGCUUUUGUCUGAAGGAUUUCUGCCUGCCUGCGAUUCCUUUUCCCGGGAGGAAGGAGCAGCAGGCAGAGAGAAAUGGUAUUGAGGUGAAAGUUAGCACGGAGAAUGAGCUGCAGGGCAAAGCGUUCUCCUCCACUUACUAAAAGUGUGGGGGGGGACCCGGGGAGCUCCCCCUCCGCUGCUGUCUGCUCCGUGCAUUCUUCCACAGCCUUCAGCAUUUGGCUGCCUGCGGAAAAGCAGGUGGGCAGGGGGAGGCUGAGCCACGAGGGUGCUGAUGAAAUCUCUCUUGCCUUCGUUCCACUCGUCGGAUCGAGGAUCGGUGGAAGCUUUCCCAAUGGAAAGCCCCGAGGCUUGGCAGGAGCGCACGCGGUCUGGGAGAUGGGGCUGUGUAAGGGUUGAGUUCAGCUUGGGCAGGUUCUGCCAGCUCUGGGGCUGAGUGCAUCAGACGAAACCCUCGGUGAUUUGUAGGUUCCGGGAGCGUCGUGACUGCUGGAAAGAAAGAUUUCCUGCACGGCCAAAGUGCGUGGUUCUGCUCUGAGCACGGAGCUGUGAGCGCAGGGCCUGAGGGGAUGUCUGCAGUGUGCAAUUCUGAAUGGCUGCUCCUCCGUGCUGGCAUCUUCAAACCAGUGUUUCAUCAGGGGCUGACACGUCAGGCUUUGUGUUGAAAUGGUUGCUGCGCCACGCUGCUGCACGGAGCUUGCUUUUCUUUUCCAUCUCUUCGUCUCUCCUGCUCAGCCUGCCCUUGUCGGACACCUUCAGAAGCAAAGCAGAUGGGAGAUGGUCCCAAAGGCAAUUGGAAAUGCUGAUGCUUAUUGCAAGCGGAGGUCAGGUUGUGAGCAGCUGAGACACACACUGGAGAAAUAAGCCCUGGUGGUAAGGAGGGAAGGUGCAGAGCGGUGAUGCCGAGGUCUGUGAGUUGUGCUUGGAGCUGUCCGCCCCCCCAAACCCAACCGGGUUUUCCUCCCUGGAAUCUGACAGCGUGGUUUUUGGAGCUGACGUAGCUGUGGGUGAGCUUUGGCAGAGGAAAAGGGCUGGGUGACCUGAGUCCCAGCCCCGCUUCCCACCUGGAUGCCAUUUCAGAGUGAACCUUCUGGCUUUUCCUGUCUCUGCAGGGCAGGGCUGAGCGAUUGCGACAGGGCACAGCCCCUUGCUGGCUUUCUGCUCCAGCACCAGGCAGAUACAGGAGCAGGAAAGCCUGCAUUAUCUGGAUCUGCACGUUUCUCUUCCCCUCCACCGCUGCCUUUUGUCUUGGGUGUGGAUGAGAGGCGUCUGGCAAAUCAGCUGGGCUUAACUGCUGCUUCUCACCCCUGAAAAUCUACACCUCCAUCUUUUAGGCAAGGUCAAAACCCAGUUUGCCGACCGGUCCCAGGUCGCGUUUCCAAAUAAACUUGGCACCACGUCUGCAAAAGCAGCUGAAACCCGUGGGACCGUGCUUGGGUUUUCGCUGCAGGCUUGGCUGUUGGAUGCUGGGCCGCUUGGACCUCCAGCCUGACGGGGUGCAGCUCCCAGGUGACCUCGCAUCGUUUGCUGUCGUUUCCAAAAGGAAAAUGCGUCCGUGUCCGUCGGUUCCUUGGAGACUGCCGCGCCGUGUCCCGUGUCAGCCUCGUCCUGGUGGUUUCUUGUUUGGUGUCCGUUGCUCUCGCCUCCGAAUAAAGCAUUGGUGCAAAGCCUGGGUUAGGAACUCCUCUGUCUGCCUGGAGCAGCCUCGUGGGCAGGGGGAGAUGUGGCUGCUCUUGGGCUGUCGCAGCGGUGAGGGCUGCGCUGGGUUUUUCCGGUGACUCAUGGAAGUGUCUCAUCGUCCCCACAUCCCUUCCCCGCGCCCCGAUGUGGGGAGGAGGGGGAGGGGGUGCCUGAGCCACAGCCUGUGUUUUUCCCCUCCCCUUCGCCACUGAUCGCUCCCACAUGUACAGAAAACAUCUGAAAGUAAUAAACCGUGGUGCUUCGGCUGCUCAGUAA